ACGCGGACGGCGCAUUUCAGCCUCCAAAACUCGUUGCGCUGCACCUCACGCAUCGAAUCAACAGCACGCAGCGCUCGACGCAGUGCCAUUCUUAUUGCUGCACCCGGCUGGCAAUCGCUUUUGCACCGUGCUGACCUGUAUCAUCUCCUUUGCAGCAUGGCUAGGAUAGCAGCCGCCUUGCUGCUCCUCUUGCGAACGAGCGGUGCCCUCCGCGUGCCCGAGAGGGCACCGCCGCCGGCACCGGCGAAACUCGCCCGGCGCGGCCUGCUCGCCGCCGCGCCGGCGCUCGCGCUCGGCGCGUCGCGGGCCGCGUCCGCGGCGACGGCCAUCGAGAACGAGUUCCGGCUCGCCGACACGACGCGGGACGGCAAGCUGACGAUCGGCGAGUUCACGACCUGGUACGAGGGCAACGACCUCCUGUCGAAGAAGGACUUGUUUAGUUUGGACCUCUCGCUGCCCGAGAUCGCUUUGGACCUGACGGGGCUCGCGGGCAUCGUCGUGGCCAUCUACGGCGUCUCCUACGCCUACUACCUCCAGCAGAAGAUGGAGGCGGCCGACGCGAAGGCCGCAAAAAAAGCCGCGGCCGACAAAAAGAAGGCGGCCGCCGCGAAGAAGGCCGAGGCCGAGGCGAAGAAGGCCGCGGCGGCCGCGGCGAAGGAGGCUGACGAGGAGUCGACCUAA